AUGUCUAGCACCGAAGCCCUGAGCCGAGACUCUUUGUUUAACCUCCAAGGCAAAGUUGCCCUGGUCACUGGUGGCGGAUCUGGAAUAGGUCUCAUGGCCACGCAAGCUCUGGCCGCCAACGGCGCAAAAGUCUACAUCACGGGCCGGACGCGGGAGAAGCUCGACAGGGUCACGGCCGUGCACUUUGGUGGCAACACCGACAAGGUCGUUCCCCUCCAGGCAGACAUCACCUCCAAGGAGAGCAUCCGGUCGCUCGUCAAGGAAAUCGCGUCCCGCGAGAAAUGCCUCUGCGUCCUGGUCAACAACGCGGGAAUCUCUGGCGAGACGCAGUCGACGGCCGAGGCCAAGUCGGCCAAGGAGCUGCAGACGUCGCUCUUUGACGGCUCCACGUUUGAGUCGUGGCUGGACCUGUACCGCACCAACGUCGCGGGCGCCUACUUCACCACGGCGGCCUUCCUGCCUCUGCUGCAGGCCUCGUCGGAGCAACAUGCCGGAUGGUCGGGCACCGUCGUCAACAUCACGUCCGUGUCCGGGCUGAUCAAGUCGGCGCAGCACCACUUCAGCUACAACGCGUCCAAGGCCGCCGCCGGCCAUCUGACCCGUAUGCCGGCGUCGGAAAUCGCCGCGGCGGGCUUGAAGAUCCGCGUCAACGCCAUUGCUCCGGGCGUGUUUCCGAGCGAGAUGACGACCGGUGCGAGCGACGACAAGCAAAAGAGCCAGUUGCCCAAGGAGCAGUUUGAAGGCAAGGUGCCGGCUCGGCGGCCCGGCAAAGACGAGGACAUGGCAUCGGCCGUCUUGUUUGCCACCUGCAAUCAGUACGUGAACGGAUCUACGGUGGUGGUUGACGGCGGAUACACGAUUGAAGCCGGAAAGUAG